AUGCCAAUUCCUCACCUCUACUCCAAUCUCGCACGUCAAGGACUUGCAAAAACCCUCACCCACGGUUACGCUCAAUCCGUUGUUGCUGCCACUCACCCUCAGGCAUAUGCAAACCAUAACCGCAACUCUCGUUUCGGUUUAAAUCGUCGCCAGAGCAAAGUUGGUCCCCGCCAAUAUCUUUUCCAAAAUGCUUUCCAUAGCAGCACUCAAGCGACAAGUACUAUAGUACAGGAGGCGCAGAAGGCCGAGGUAGCAAAGAAUCAUGGAGGUUUAGACGCCUACUUUGAGGCUUACAAGAAGCACCAAGCUGCUGGAGAAACGGAGAAGGAAUGGACCCAGUUCCAAUUCACAAAGCUCCUUGAGUGGAAGCCAACGAUCCAGGUUGAUGCCGAAGGUAGUGCUCAAUCAAGUGGCAAAGAUGCUGAGGUGUUGGAGGAAGAGCCACCGAAGCAGGUGGAGAGAGCUUUCAGCGCGAGUGCUGUUGAUGACAUGAAAAAGGCUGAAUUUGAGGCUGCAGAGGAAGCUGCUCUCGCCCAAAUUGAUGCUGCCAUUGAAAGAGAGAUCAAGUCAAGAAAUGAGCAAGCUGUUUUCGAGGCCGAAUUGAGUGUGGUUGCUUCUCAAGUACCAACCCCACCUAUUGCCCGUGGUCAAUCUCCUGCCAUUUCAGUUGAGGAGUCCAACUACCACAAGACACCAGCGAGCACUUUCAGUAGUCUUACCUCUGCAUCCGCAUCCGACCUUCAGUCACAAAGCUAUGCAGAUCAUCUAACCAAGUUGUCAAACGCUCAAAGAUAUGCUGAAAUUCCAGCUGUCUUCGAGGCCAUGCUUGUAGCUGGUAUUCAGCCUACCGCAGUCGCCUACAACGCACUCCUGGAUGCUGCCAUUAACCUUCCAGCAGAGCGUAUUCAGGUUGUCCCCAAGGCACUUGAUGUAUACUCUGAUAUGCUUCGACGCAAGGUUCUCCCAAACACGUCAACAUACAACACUCUCAUCACUCUGCUUUCUUCCCGAUCUCUCGAGGUUUCUUCACUGAAACAGUCGUUGGAGGAGAAGCGUGUUCGAUUUGGCGGUAUGGAAGAGCCUGGCAAGUUCAUGUUCCCAUCAAAUGAUUUUGAAUUUGCCAUUCUUGCCGAGGAUGACAGACUCGACUUGGCUCUUAGAUUGUUCGAGGCAUCCAUCACCUACCGCAAGGAUCGUUCUUACCCACCAGAGACUUAUCACGGACUGAUCAAGGCUUGUUCCGCAGCAGGACGGGUCCCAGAGAUGAUUCGUCUUUAUGAUCACAUGGAAUCUAGCAAUAUCGUACCGCUGGCCGCUACAUUUCCAUCUAUGAUCAAGGGAUUUACUCAAACGGGAGAUCUUAGUAGCGCGGUAGAAUGUUACAAUGAGUACAAGCAGCUUGCCGUUUCAAACGACAAGGGGGAGCUUGAACUCAAAGAUCGUCGCGAUGGUGAAAUUUACGCAUCUGUCAUCAAGGCGUACAUCACUUCUGACCGAGUUGAGGGUGCCAACAAAUUCUACAAGAAAAUCUUGGCAGAAUAUGGAUCCAAUAUCACAUCAGUCAGGGAUGCUAUCAUUGACGGUGGCUUUGUUUCUGGCAUGCUAGAACGUGGUCUGCUAACCGAAGCUCUUAAUUGGGCUGAGGGUUUGAGCGACAACACCAGGGUCAUUGCAAUGAGCAAGAUUGCAACUGUUGCAGCUGACAAAGGAGACAAAUUGAUCGCUGUUACAGCAUUCGCAAAUGUACCUGUGGGUUUCAACGGUAUUGCUACCCCAGCCAUGGCAAUGCUCGCACUUAGUGUUCGUGCUGGUGAUGUUUCAGCUGCUCAAAGAUACUGGCACAUUCUUUCUCAUCCUGAGAUGCGUGUUUCAGCUUCAUUCAUUGAGCCAGCUGCCAUGUAUGCUGUUGCUAUGAUUGGAUCGGGACAAGUCAACGAGGGUCUUUCGCAAUCAGAACAAAUGUUUGCACGUAUCCGAUUGACUGCCGCCGAGAGCAAUACUCAUCUUAGUGACGAGAUUGAGGAGGGUGUUGAAUUGAUCAACAAGUUCAUGGCUCUCCACGGCAUCGUAGAUCCUCGUGAGAUGGCUCCUGAAGUCCCUUCUUUCCAACAGAACUUUCCCCCAACCGCGUACCCGGCCGCAUCUAUUUACGAGGACACAUUCGACCCUUACGCCGCAUCAACCGAUUUCAAGGGUUCUUCUGUUAUUGCCGACGAGCUCGAGCGUGGCAAUAUUGGUCGUGCCAAGGUUUCUCGUUUAAAUGAGGCCUUGGGUCGAUUCAGAAACAUACGCAGAUCCGGUCGUCAUCCACGAUACAUAACCUACGCCAAGCUGAUUUCUGCCGCUGCAAAAGACGAGCGAAUCAACUUGGUUCACGAUAUUCUUGGGAUGGCUCGAUCCGAUAUCCCAUGUCUUCCUCAAUAUCCCGUCGUUCGAUAUGGAUGGGUUUCAAUUCUCGAUGCUAUGGUAGGAGCUUGUCUCACUCUUGGCAACCGAACCUUGGCUGCCCAAUAUCACCAAGAACUUCUCGAUAUGGGAGCAUCACCUACCGCUAACACUUUCGGACUUUACAUUACCACAUUGAAGGAAUCAACGAAGACCUUUGAUGAGGCUACUGAGGCUGUCAAGAUCUUUCACCGUGCCAAAUCCGAGGGAGUUGAACCGUCUUCCUUCUUGUACAAUGCUCUCAUUGGUAAACUUGGAAAGGCCCGCCGUAUCGAUGAUUGCCUCUUUUACUUUGCUGAGAUGAGAAGUCUCGGCAUUCGACCAACCAGUGUUACUUACGGAACUAUCGUCAACGCUCUCUGCCGAGUUAGCGAUGAGAAAUUUGCUGAAGAGUUGUUUGAGGAAAUGGAAUCCAUGCCAAACUACAAGGCACGACCAGCACCAUACAACAGCUUGAUGCAAUUCUUCCUUACAACCAAGCGCGAUAAGGCCAAGGUUCUCUCUUACUACGAACGAAUGAAGAGCAAGGGAAUUCAACCAACCAACCACACUUACAAACUCCUUGUCGACACUCACGCCACUCUUGAGCCAAUCAACAUGGAGGCUGCUGAGGCCAUCCUUGACAUCAUCCGUAGCACCGGUCAAAGCCCAGAGGCUGUUCACUACUCUUCUUUGAUCCAUGCUAAGGGUUGUGUUAUGCAUGAUAUGGAAGGCGCCCGAACAGUUUUCGACUCUGUUCUUGCCGAUACAUCAAUCCGUCCUCAAGCCUGCCUUUACCAAGCUCUUUUUGAGUCCAUGGUUGCAAACCACAAGGUAGCCGAUACCGAAUCAGUCCUCCUUGAUAUGUCUUCAAAGCGUGUUGAGCUGACUCCAUAUAUCGCCAACACUCUCAUUCAUGGCUGGGCCAACUUGAUGAAGAUUGGAAAGUGCAAGUCUAUCUUUGCAUCCGUCGGCCGUGAGAAGCGUGAGCCAAGUACAUAUGAAGCUAUGACUAGAGCUUACCUAGCGGUCGAAGAUAGACCAAGUGCCAUGGGAGUCGUUCAGGAGAUGUUGAGCCGGGGUUACCCAGGUGCAGUCUCCAACAAGGUUCUAGAAUUGCUAGGAGGUAGAAACGCUGAGAAUGCUGCUUAA